AUGACCAUUUUAUUAGCAGGACAUGGAACUACGAGCAUUAUAAUGAAUUGGGCCUUGUAUCAACUUGCAAAGCAUCCACAUGAACAGGAUAAAUUACGUGAAGAGUUGGUUAAGGCCUUCCCCGAUAAAUCCAAAUUUAAUCCCAACUUUGAUGAAAUUAAUUCUUUGGAGUACCUUAAUUGCGUUGUUAAAGAAACUUUUAGAUUAAAUCCUGCAGUUUCGAUUUUACAACGUACUAAUAUCAAAGAUAUGAUUAUUGGCGGGCAAUUUGUUCCAAAAGGUUCUACGAUUGAUAUCCCAAUUGCGACACUUCAGAAAUUACCUUCGAUUUGGGGACCAACUGCUGACAAUUUUGACCCAAAAAGAUGGUUAGAUUCUUCAUUAAUUAAAGUGGUUACAAAUUACAAUUAUAUGCCUUUCGGUACAGGAGUUAGAUCUUGUAUAGGUAAUAAGAUAGCUUUAAGUGAGUUUAAAGUAUUAUUAGGUAUGCUAGUUAGAAAUUUUGUUUUUCGACCUGUUGAAGGAUUUGAUGUUAAGAGAAAACCUGGUUUAUUUGGUAAUCCUGAUUCAUAUGUUGAAUUAUUUGUUUCUAAUGUUGAAGUUUAA